GAGAUGCCAGAUGAGCCAGUUUGUAUGGAUGAUUCCUUUCAAUUCUGUGAUGUUUUGUUCUCUCGUAUAUCUCAGCAGGCUGUUUUUUUAACUCAGACAUCACAAGAGCUUAGCUUUUCUCCAACAGCCAAAGAGCCAGGUCCCUCCUUUCGUGCACACCAGGAACCUGGCCCCUCUCAUACACCCCAGGAGCCUGACAUCUUUCACACAUGCCAAGCACCCACUCCCUCCACUCCAGAGAAAACAGUUAUUGCCUAGUCAGACACCAUAUUCUUUCAAUUCUGUAACACCUGAAGAAGCUAAUGUUGUACAUUUAUUCAAAGCUUUAUGUCCUGGAGGAGUAGCAGCAAAGGUCAUGUGUGAGGUCUAUUUUGCUCUUUCUGGUGAUAUUGGUAAAGUUAAUAAGAAAUCUUUCACUGCUAUUGAACUGAACCAAGUGAAGGGAGAUAUAAGAGAGCUAGACAUUACCACACUAUAUAAACUUUUAAGGUUUGCAUGUGAUUUGGCUGCACCUGGUGAUGCUAUUUGGAUCACUCAAGGUGACACUCUUGAAUAUUGUCUCAACUCUGUAAAAACCAUGAGAAAUGAAUUGGCUCACAAGAUAAUUUGCAUUAGCAAUGAGGAUCUCAAGUCAAAGAUUCAGAAUUUAGAAUGCCUCUUAGAAAGUAUUUUGCUUAAAGCUAGUUCUUUAUCAAAGAAGGACUUAAAGGAUAAAAUUGACACAUGAAAAAUGAAAUACAACCACUUGCUGAACCACCACCUUUCUUGCUUGAUAAAGAGAAUUACUUAACUAAGAUAAAAAUUCUCCAAGAAACAUUAGCAAGCCAGAUGGCGCAUGAUGCUGAAAAAGAGCUACUCAACCAGUAUAGUCUUGAUGCUUUCACAAAUAUUUCUCCAGUUACAUGGAGUUAUACUGACCAACAUAGAAAUAUGACCAUAGACAAGCUAUUUACAGAUUUGGAAAUUGUGGAUGCUGUUGAUGUGAAAAUUGGAAAUACAUUUUCCUUGAAAGAGAGAGUGUUUCCUGUGUUAUUAGAACAAAGUGAGGAGAUAGGGUCAAGAGUUAUUAUUGUACAAGGUGUUGCAGGGGCUGGAAAGACAUCCCUAUGUAAGUUCCUCAUUCAUCUUUGGACAACUUGUCAAAAACAUGUCAGCCAGAAAUCUGUUGAUUUACUAAUCUAUAUACAGUGCAGAUAUGUUACUACAUCUUCUAUAUCAUCAUACUUGAAAACCAUUUUGCCAAAGACAUUCAGGUGCAUUGAUAUGGAUGAUAUCAUUCCUUUGAUGCAGGAAUCAAGGGUGACGUUCUUGGUAGAUGGCUAUGAUGAAGCUCGCACUGAGGCCAAGGAUCUUUUAGAUGAUAUUCUCAAAUUUUUACCAGAAAGUAAAAUGAUCAUAACUUCAAGGCCACAGUGGGUACCAAAACUUAAAUCUAAAGUUAACCAAAUUUCCUCAAGUUGCAUGAAAGUACUCAGUUUGACAGGCUUCAAGAAUGACAAACGGAAUGAAUUUAUUCAAAAACUCUUUGAUGUUACACUAGGGGUAAAUCAACAGCAAAGAUGUAACCAGUUUUUUGCUUACCUGAAUAAACUGGGAGAACAGCUGGAGGUACUUACACAGUUGCCACUGACUUUAACACUUUUAGUUAUGUUAUGGAUAGAUGACUGCAAGAAUGCUAUGGAAGCAAAGACCAUUACACAGCUCUAUAGAAAACUCAUAGAAUUUAUGCUGAAGAGACUCAGUUCCAAGCUCAACAUAUCUGAUCACGAACAAUGCCGGGAAUGGAUGUUAACCUUGGGAGAAAUAGCAUGGGCUAAUCUUAAAAAAAUCAGCAUUACCUAGAUAAAAGAAAUGUAACUAAACUUAAAAGAAAAGCAGACAGCUUGCAUGUUGAUGGCAUGGCAGCAAUUUCAACAUUCUUGCAUUGUGAUAUCCAGAUUUCCCUUACCGAUUCUCAUGAGUUUUGGACAUUUGCACACAACUGUCAACAAGAAUUCCCAG